AUGGCGGAAUCAUCGAGCUCCGGGCUCCACCGCAUGCUGGACUCCAUUGGGAAAUGCGCGGGACAUUCGGGUUUUCGCGAGUGGAAGAUCAAGCUUCGACAAGCAAUCAUACUCCACGCGCCGGAACUUCUGCCCGUCCUCAACGGAAACGCGCGUCCUUCGGCGACCGCGGCGAUCGCGGAGGAUGUGGCCGCGUGGGACAAGGCCAACGGUCGCCUGUUCUCCCUCCUCUUCUUCGUGACCUCCGGGUCUACGCAGCUCACUGGGUGGGAUUUCAAGCUUCGCCUUAAGGUGCUGGGGGAGGAAGUGUCGGGCCCAGUCUACCUGGACAUCAUGCUCUCAGGCCUGACCAAGGCCCCGGAGUUCAACUUUAUCAGGGAGAUGCACUACCGCGACAAUUUUACUUCAGUAGACAGUCUCCAGGCGACGGCUAAUCGCUUUUUCGUGGAUCAGCAGUCGCCCAACGCGUCGGGCCCCGUGGUCUCAGGCCGGGGGGCUGCGAUGGCGGUCGCGUCCGACACCGACCAGUGCCGCCGAUGCAAGGCGUACGGACACUUUCAGGGCAAUUAUCCCCAACAGCACCGUUUUGUUCUGGCGCGCCGAACCUUCGCAGGUAAUCGAGGCGCCCUACGUGUGCUGAAAACCGUUAACGCUCGGCGUGUGACCCUGGUUUCAGUGAUGGCGGAAUCAUCGAGCUCCGGGCUCCACCGCAUGCUGGACUCCAUUGGGAAAUGCGCGGGACAUUCGGGUUUUCGCGAGUGGAAGAUCAAGCUUCGACAAGCAAUCAUACUCCACGCGCCGGAACUUCUGCCCGUCCUCAACGGAAACGCGCGUCCUUCGGCGACCGCGGCGAUCGCGGAGGAUGUGGCCGCGUGGGACAAGGCCAACGGUCGCCUGUUCUCCCUCCUCUUCUUCGUGACCUCCGGGUCUACGCAGCUCACUGGGUGGGAUUUCAAGCUUCGCCUUAAGGUGCUGGGGGAGGAAGUGUCGGGCCCAGUCUACCUGGACAUCAUGCUCUCAGGCCUGACCAAGGCCCCGGAGUUCAACUUUAUCAGGGAGAUGCACUACCGCGACAAUUUUACUUCAGUAGACAGUCUCCAGGCGACGGCUAAUCGCUUUUUCGUGGAUCAGCAGUCGCCCAACGCGUCGGGCCCCGUGGUCUCAGGCCGGGGGGCUGCGAUGGCGGUCGCGUCCGACACCGACCAGUGCCGCCGAUGCAAGGCGUACGGACACUUUCAGGGCAAUUAUCCCCAACAGGUCCAAAAGAGCCGUCCUAAGCAGAGCAAGAAGAAGGGAGCCAACAAGCGAGGAAGUGGUGGGAGUGUACAGCCAAAGUGGUGCUCCUACCACAACACCAAGACACACAGCGAUGCUGAGUGCCAGAAGCAAAAGGAGAUCCGGGAAAACAAGCAAAAGGAGCUUGAAGGGUUGGCGGCGAACCUGGCGACCCUGCCGUCAGCUGGCCAUGCCAACUUUCUGCAACUCUCCAAUAUCGGGAGUGCUCACCUGGCGCAAUCGUCUCCGACGGUGGCGCAACAGGCUCCGUCAGAGCCGACUUCGUUCGGGUUCUCCUUCAACGCCCUCGGAACUUCCUUGGCGGAGGCAACCUCGUCGUCUGCCUCUUCCCAGCCACCUCCGGCGGCGUCUGCCGCCACACAGGCGGCACCGGCAUCUGCCUCAUCAACGUCGAGUGCGCAGGACCACCGCCUGCCUUCAGGGUUCUUCGGUGCGUUCAUGGCGACUCAUGCAGAGUUGUCGCUUGCUCCUUUUCGCUCCGACGGAUCGUCCAUCCGGAUGGUUGUGGACAGUGGAGCGACAGACAACUACCUCGACCCUGGGCUUACACCAGGAUUGCGGGCUCACAUGCGCGACGUCGAACACCUUCGGGUCCCACACACGAUCGUCGCCGCGGGCCAGCAUGUCCUCAAAGGCGUUACGACGGGGACUAUCUUCGGGGCUGUCACGGACGACAAUGGGAACGACCGGCACGUCUCCUUUCGCGUCAUCUUGGUACCAGGGCUGGGCACCAACCUCUUCUCCGUGACAUUGGCGAUGCUAAAAGGGAUGGCGACGUUGUUUCAUCCGGACAACCCCAGGUUGGAGUCAAGGGACGUGGUUUUCCCAAUGCAGACCCUCGGGGUGGACGCCACGACCGGAAAACGCAUCUACUCCAUCGAGGUAAAGCUAGGGGGUGAACCUGAGGGCCCGACGAUCCUCGGAGACGCGCCUGAUGCCCUCGCCUUGAAGGUGGAGUCCGCUGAUCUCUGGCACCGGCGCAUGGGUCGCAUCAACGGUAAGAGCUUGGACGUUCUAAGGAAAAAACAGGUCAACAGCGUCGACUACACCGGAGACGUGAAGGACUGUAGUGUCUGCCCGCUCGGAAAGAGCGCACAACAACCUCACCCAAAGCAGGCCACCUACGGCGUCCUGCGCCCCUUCCAGCACGUUUCCGUCCACACCCUUCGCCCCUUCACACCUACGGUAUUGGGCGGAUUCAAGAACGCCACCAAGUUCGUGGACCAGCAGACCAAGUGGGCGAAGAUAGUUCUCAUGAAGGACAAGACCUGUUCUGUAGACUCCCUCGCGUUGUUCAGUAAAGGGACCGUGGUUCCUACCGGAGAACGCAGAGAUGAUUGCAUCAGCACUAGCCAUGAAGGAAGCAGUGUUCUGUUCUAA